GUGCAGCGUGGACCGGCGCAUGCAGAGAGCGGGGCUGCGAGGGCGCUGCUGUGGCCAGGCGUCUGGCAUGCUGACCACGUCGCGCUGCUGUAAAGGAAACCUGCCCCGCGCAGCGGCGGUGGCUGGAGCGGGAGAAACCGGACUUUGUGCAACUUUGGCCAUAGUGGCCAUCCCAUGAAUCUGUUUACUAGCUUGGUGGUGGGUCCAACAGAGCUUGUUGCUCCCUAGCCGCUUGCUCGUGCCCUUGGUGGUUACCGGUAGUUAAGCUUAGGGCGCAUAGGGCCCUCGUGGCUCGCCACCUCUCAUGGUUCAGUACCCACGCUUCGAACGAGGGAUGGGAGCAGGCGCCACGGCCGGCACCCCAGAGCCCUGCUGCCCCUUAGUUCGAGCGGCCAUCCUCCUGUGGGGCUUGUGGGCAGCCUGUGGGGUUUGUGGGUGGUCUAAGGAAAGAGUUGGGGCACUCAGGGGUCUGCUGUUUUUGCCCGUGGCCUUAACUCAUCAGGGGAGGGUUUCUGCAGCAGAAUCUCGGGCUCAGGGUUGGCGGUUAACGAGGGAGCAGCGGGGUCUUGGGGAGGGGGCUCGACACCCCUGAGGUGCCCCCUAAAGGAGCCACUGUUAGAGGGGCACCCCAUCUUUGUGGCCAUGGCGGUGGUAGAGCGGCUGGGAGGGGCUCUGCGGCGAGCAAGGGAGCAGGCGGUAGGGGUUCUGCGGCGAUGGGCGGGCUAGGGGCGGGGCGCGGGUGGGCUCUAAAAGUCGGUGCCCACUCGCUCCGCGCUGCCGCGGCAACCAGCACACCCCGGCACCUCCUCUGCGGCAGCUGCGCCUCGCAAGCGCAGUGCCGCAGCGCACGCCGGAGUGGCUGUAGCUGCCCGGCGCGGCGCCGCCCUGCGCGGGCUGUGGGCUGCGGGCUGCGCCCCCGCUGCCGGCCAGCCCUGCACGGCUGCGGGCUCCGCGGCGCCCGGUGCUCUGCAACGCUGCGGCGGGCGGCAUGGGAUAACGCGGCCAUGGUGCGCCGAGAUCGCCUCCGCAGGAUGAGGGAGUGGUGGGUCCAGGUGGGGCUGCUGGCCGUGCCCCUGCUUGCUGCAUACCUGCACAUCCCACCCCCUCAGCUCUCCCCUGCCCUUCACUCAUGGAAGUCUUCAGGCAAGUUUUUCACUUACAAGGGACUGCGUAUCUUCUACCAAGACUCUGUGGGUGUGGUUGGAAGUCCAGAGAUAGUUGUGCUUUUACACGGUUUUCCAACAUCCAGCUACGACUGGUACAAGAUUUGGGAAGGUCUGACCUUGAGGUUUCAUCGGGUGAUUGCCCUUGAUUUCUUAGGCUUUGGCUUCAGUGACAAACCGAGACCACAUCACUAUUCCAUAUUUGAGCAGGCCAGCAUCGUGGAAGCGCUUUUGCGGCAUCUGGGGCUCCAGAACCGCAGGAUCAACCUUCUUUCUCAUGACUAUGGAGAUAUUGUUGCUCAGGAGCUUCUCUACAGGUACAAGCAGAAUCGAUCUGGUCGGCUUACCAUAAAGAGUCUCUGUCUGUCAAAUGGAGGUAUCUUUCCUGAGACUCACCGUCCACUCCUUCUCCAAAAGCUACUCAAAGAUGGAGGUGUGCUGUCACCCAUCCUCACACGACUGAUGAACUUCUUUGUAUUCUCUCGAGGUCUCACCCCAGUCUUUGGGCCGUAUACUCGGCCCUCUGAGAGUGAGCUGUGGGACAUGUGGGCAGGGAUCCGCAACAAUGACGGGAACUUAGUCAUUGACAGUCUCUUACAGUACAUCAAUCAGAGGAAGAAGUUCAGAAGGCGCUGGGUGGGAGCUCUUGCCUCUGUAACUAUCCCCAUUCAUUUUAUCUAUGGGCCAUUGGAUCCUGUAAAUCCCUAUCCAGAGUUUUUGGAGCUGUACAGGAAAACGCUGCCGCGGUCCACAGUGUCGAUUCUGGAUGACCACAUUAGCCACUAUCCACAGCUAGAGGAUCCCAUGGGCUUCUUGAAUGCAUAUAUGGGCUUCAUCAACUCCUUCUGAGCUGGAAAGAGUAGCUUCCCUGUAUUACCUCCCCUACUCCCUUAUCUGUUGUGUAUUCCACUUAGGAAAAAAUGCCCAAAAGAGGUCCUGGCCAUCAAACAUAAUUCUCUCACAAAGUCCACUUUACUCAAAUUGGUGAACAGUGUACAGGAAGAAGCCAGCAGGAGCUCUGACUAAGGUUGACAUAAUAGUCCAUCUCCCAUUACUUUGAUAUCUGAUCAAAUGUAUAGACUUGGCUUUGUUUUUGUGCUAUUAGGAAAUUCUGAUGAGCAUUACUAUUCACUGAUGCAGAAAGACGUUCUUUUGCAUAAAAGACUUUUUUAACACUUUGGACUUCUCUGAAAUAUUUAGAAGUGCUAAUUUCUGGCCCACCCCCAACCGGAAUUCUAUAGUAAGGAGGAGGAGAAGGGGGGCUCCUUCCCUCUCCUCGAAUGACGUUAUGGGCACAUGCCUUUUAAAAGUUCUUUAAGCAACACAGAGCUGAGUCCUCUUUGUCAUACCUUUGGAUUUAGUGUUUCAUCAGCUGUUUUUAGUUAUAAACAUUUUGUUAAAAUAGAUAUUGGUUUAAAUGAUACAGUAUUUUAGGUAUGAUUUAAGACUAUGAUUUUACCUAUACAUUAUAUAUAUUUUAUAAAGAUACUAAACCAGCAUACCCUUACUCUGCCAGAGUAGUGAAGCUAAUUAAACAUGUUUGAUUUCUGAAUAAAUUGAACUAAAUCCAAACUAUUUCCUAAAAUCACAGGACAUUAAGGACCAAUAGCAUCUGUGCCAGAGAUGUACUGUUAUUAGCUGGGAAGACCAAUUCUAACAGCAAAUAACAGUCUGAGACUCCUCAUACCUCAGUGGUUAGAAGCAUGUCUCUCUUGAGCUACAGUAGAGGGGAAGGGAUUGUUGUGUAGUCAAGUCACCAUGCUGAAUGUACACUGAUUCCUUUAUGAUGACUGCUUAACUCCCCACUGCCUGUCCCAGAGAGGCUUUCCAAUGUAGCUCAGUAAUUCCUGUACUUUACAGACAGGAAAGUUCCAGAAACUUUAAGAACAAACUCUGAAAGACCUAUGAGCAAAUGGUGCUGAAUACUUUUUUUUUUAAAGCCACAUUUCAUUGUCUUAGUCAAAGCAGGAUUAUUAAAAGUGAUUAUUUAAAAUUCAUUUUUUUUAAUUAGCAACUUCAAGUAUAACAACUUUGAAACUGGAAUAAGUGUUUAUUUUCUAUUAAUAAAAAUGAAUUGUGACAAAA